AUGGAUGGGACAAACCAGACAGCAGUCAGGGAGUAUAUUCUGCUGGGCUUAUCUGAGCACCCUAACCUAGAGAGGGUCCUGUUUAUGCUUUUCCUGGGCAUCUAUGCCGUGAAUUUGUUAGGGAACUCCCUUCUCAUAGGGCUGAACUUGCUGGACCCCCGCCUCCACAGCCCCAUGUACUUCUUCCUUAGCAACCUCUCCAUCAUUGACAUCCUUGGCACAUCCUCCUCCGUGCCACUCAUGCUGAUCAACUUCCUGAAAGAACAAGGGACCAUCUCCUUCCUAGGCUGUGCCCUACAGAUGUACCUGACCCUGGCACUGGGCUCCACAGAGUGCCUGCUCUUGGCCGUGAUGGCAUAUGACCGCUAUGUGGCUAUCUGCCAGCCACUUAGGUAUUCAGAGCUCAUGAGUGGGAAGACAUGUGUUCAGAUGGCAGGGCUGAGCUGGGGGAUAGGCCAAGCCAACUCACUGCUGCAGUCCAUUGUGGCCUGGCGCCUCCCCUUCUGUGGCCACAAUGUUAUUAACCAUUUCUUCUGUGAGAUCUUGGCAGUGGUGAAACUGGCCUGUGGGGACAUCUCCAUCAGUGUGCUGAUAUUAUUGGUUAUCACACCUUUUGUAGCCCUGAUCCCACUCCUAUUCAUCUUUCUGUCCUACAUUUUCAUCCUUGCUACCAUCCUUAGGGUACCUUCUGCUGCAGGUCGGCACAAAGCUUUCUCCACCUGCUCUGCCCACCUCACAGUAGUAGUGAUUUUCUAUGGGACCAUCUCCUUCAUGUACUUCAAACCCAAGGCCAAAGACCCUGACUUGGAUAAGAUCAUUGCAUUGUUCUAUGGGGUGGUGACACCCUCACUGAACCCUAUCAUCUACAGCCUGAGGAACACAGAGGUGAAAGCCGCUGCAAUAGCUCUGCUGAGGGGAGAUCUGCUCUCCAGGAAAAUGUCCCAAUUUUACUGCUGCACGCCAUCCUUCUCUGUCAGGGUAGGCUAG